AUGUCAUCUGGAACUCCUUUCCAAAUCAACGUCCCCGACGAGAAAUUGUCCACUCUCCACGCUAAACUCGAACUCGCUACUUUCCCGGAUGAACUGGAGGAUGUGGGCUGGACGUAUGGCGUACCUCUGGCGGAUGUGAAGCGGCUCACCGAGAGGUGGAAAAAUGGGUACGACUGGCGCAAACAUGAAAAAGAAAUCAACGAAGAGCUGCCAAUGUUUACUCGCGAUAUUGAUGUGGAUGGUUUUGGCGAGCUGAACAUUCACUAUGUUCACAAGAAGAGCGAAAUUGCUGACGCUAUCCCGCUGUUGUUUUGCCACGGAUGGCCUGGAAGCUUCUUGGAAGUCAGAAAGAUUUUGCCCCUCCUGACUGCAUCGGCCCCUGAACAUCCUAGCUUUCAUGUCGUGGCGCUUAGUUUGCCCGGUUUUGGCUUUUCGGAGGCUCCCAAGAAACAAGGCUUUGGUCUUGAUCAAUAUGCUGAGGUAGCUCACAAACUCAUGGUCGCUCUCGGGUACAACGAGUAUGUUACUCAGGGAGGCGACUGGGGUGGCCUUAUCACUAGAAGAAUGGCUUCUGUGUAUGGUGGGAGGUAUCACAAGGCAUGGCACACCAACAUGCCAGUUUCCAAACCACCGAGCUGGAGAUCGCCCCUGUCUUUCUUGUCAUUCUUGCUAACCCCGUGGUCUGUAGAGGAAAGAGCAGGUCUUGAGCGCACCACGUGGUUCCACAAGAAAGGACGUGGCUACUUUAUUCAACAGAGCACCCAGCCGCAGACACUCGGUUAUGGUCUCACUGAUAGCCCUGUUGGCUUGCUUGCUUGGAUCUACGAGAAGCUGGUCCUUUGGACCGACAAUUACAAUUGGUCUGAUGAUGAAGUGCUGACGUGGAUCUCAUUGUACUGGUUCUCCCGCGCCGGACCCGCUGCCUCCCUCCGCAUUUACUUUGAAUUACGUAACGAUUGUGAGGAUCUAGGCCAAAGCCCCACUAUUCCUAUGGGAGCCUCGUUUUUCCCGAAGGAGCUCGUAGUUUUUCCCGCAGGGUGGCUGCGCAAGUCGAACAACGUUGUUUUCGAGUCACAUCACACGACAGGAGGACAUUUUGCUUCGAUUGAACAGCCGGAAGAGCUUGUUCGGGAUUUACAGAAGAUGUUCGAGAAGGGAGGGCCUGGGUUUGCAAUCGUCCCAGGAAGAGCUGGAUAUGCUUGA